AUGGUAUGUUUCUACGACAAGGGGCCUUUAUCACUGGAGCUCGCUCAACUUGCCAGCAAGCACAAACUCCAACAUCUGCUCCCUCGACCAUCCCCCUUUCCUGGGUGAGAUUGCAUCAAGUGGAAAAUCAAGUGGAUUACCGUUAAACGAGGUCAGAGGAAAGACCAGUGGAACAUGGAAAGGUGAACCUCUGACAGGCUAUAUGUGUUUGCUCAUAUGACCAGGGGAACCUUUUUUUUUUUCAAGCAAUGAGCGAAUUGGGGUCUAUUUUCAAGCAACCACGGCGAACCAAGAAGUCUCGAGGUUUUCUCCCCCAAGUCUAUGGCAUCCGGCAUCAAAGUAGAAUCGAGUGGAAACAGAGUACCAACCGCACUUAGGUUAGAAGAGCUUAUUGCAAUCCACAUUUCAAGGGCAGAUGGACGGGGGAAAGUCGAUCGAGUUCACGGCGACAAUUUAUUUUUCCGAACUCUUUAUACUAACAAACUAAUUUCUAUCUAGAGUGACUCAGUUACCAUCAGAACAAGAAAAGUUAUCACCAACCCAUUGUUGUCAAGAAGACAGUUUGUCAUUGACGUUUUGCACCCCGGCAGAGCUAACGUCUCCAAGGAUGAAUUGCGCGACAGAUUAUCCGAAAUCUACAAGGCUGAAAAAGAUGCCGUUUCAGUAUUUGGAUUCAGAACCCAAUACGGUGGUGGUAAAUCCACCGGGUUUGGAUUGAUCUACACCUCAGCUGCCGAUGCCAAAAAAUUCGAGCCAGCUUACAGAUUGGUUAGAUACGGUUUGGCCGAAAAGGUUGAAAAGGCUUCUAGACAACAAAGAAAACAAAAGAAGAACAGAGAAAAGAAGAUCUUUGGUACUCAAAGAAAGGCUCAAAAGAAGGCUGCCAAGAGAAACGCCGAGUAA